AUGGCUAGUAAGAAUAAAGGACGGAUGUGCGUUGUGGCAGGUUGUAGCAAAAGACAAGCAGAUGGAGUUUCGGUGCAUAUUUUCCCAAAAGAUCAGCGUCAGCGAGCAGCCUGGGUUCGUUUUGUAAAGCUAACAAGGGCAGACUGGCCUGGGCCAUCGCAGUACACAGUGAUUUGUAGCGAACAUUUUAACGAGGAUUGCUACGAGGCCCGUUUUUCGCUGAUGAAAGACUUCGGCAUUCCUGCGAAUAAGUGUCUUCGUAAGGGAUCUGUGCCAUCGAUAUAUCCUAAGCGGAAGAGGGAUGAACUCAACGACGCCUUUCUUCAGUCUCCUCAGCUCACGACCCCCCCGCCCGAACGAAGAGCAUAUGCAAAGCGCGCAAAAAACAUGAGCUCUACUGACGAUGAGGAAGAGGAUGAGAGGCAAUCACCAACGCACAAGAAGUCUCAUUGCAGUGACAUGCAGUCAAGUCAGCAGUCCUGUGGCAGUGGCAUGCAGUACAGUCAGCAGCAGUCCAGUAUGCAGCAGGAUCAGCAACAACAGCAAUACAAAGGCCCGCCACAGCAGCAUUAUGUCCCUCAGCCUCAACAGUCUCAACCUCUGCAUUCGCAACCCCAGCAGUCUCAGUCACGGCCUAGUAGCUCUAAUAAAGAACCUGAUUCUAGCAAUAUUGUCACCAGGGCUUUAGUGGCAUCAGGCAUCAACAUGGACUCUUCCCAGGUGAAUGAAAAUUCCCUGAUUGACUCAGUAAAUAUGACAUUUGCCUCAGCGACAGAACGUAGUAGAUCAUCAUCCAAGUGA